AUCCUUUCUGAUCAGUACCAUCUGCAGGACGUCCUGGAGAGAUCUGAUCGGGCCAUGGCUGUGGUGAAGGACCUGUUUGGAGAUGCCCCUCGCAGGCAUGCAGGCUUCCCAAAUGUGACGGUGGCUCCUGACUGUGACGUGGAAUCCGCUCAAGGACCCAUUGCUCAAAAGCGGGAUCCCCCCACGCAGCUCUCCGUUCUUAGUGAGUCCGUCAUGGAUCCCCAGGCUCUCAAUGAAGUAAGGGAAAGCUCUUCAGGCUUCCUGCUUGAGGGUGAGAACAUCCAAGAUGUGUCUUUCGACUCCAGAUCCAUCAUUGACGCGAACAGGGUGUCUCGCCUUCCAAAAGAGAAGGGCUCUGUGACCAAUUGCCACGAAAAGGCUAUCAAACAACGAGCAGGUGCCCCCUCGGCACAGGAAGCAAACAUGCUUGCGACUCCAACAGCAGACCUUCCGUCACCAGACUGUGCAGCCCUUAAUGCUACUAAGGUCGUGAAGAGAGUCCAUUCAAGACUCGAGAACGAAGAGCAGAUCGCUGACAUCACGUACAUAGUGCAGCAGGUCCUGAAUGCCAACCUGAAGAAGCAGAAGCAGACUCCAGCCAAAGUGAAGAAAACACACACACCACUGAUGCCAGCCGGCCAGAAAAAGAAUAACUCAAACUCUGCCCCAGUUUCAAGUGGCAACGUAUCCAGCCUCGAUGUCUUGAACCAGAUGAUGCGUGACGUGGAGCAGGAAAUGGACGACUACGAGCGGUGGACGGGGCGUGAGGUCCAGCCGGUGCCCAACGGUCACGGACUCUCUGGAUUCACUUACUCGCUGGUGAACGCUCUGUGUCGGGUGAUGAGCUUUUUGAAAGAGAGCGAGGCGAGGCUGCGUCAAGAAGCGCUGAAGAGGCAGCAGCUCGAAGGGGAAAUGAGCGAACAUAGAGCACUCAUCGACGCUUUGACAGCUGAAAUCCUCCUCAUGAGAGAAGAGAAUCUCACUUUACAGAGCAAGCUUCAGCAGUACAUGUUCGUCACAGAUGAGCAGCUGACUUCUCUCACUCGCGCACUCAAAGGGCUCCCCAUUUCAGAAUCUAACAGAGCGAGAAGCCCGGGAGAGACCAGCAGGCUUUCAAUCUGGAGUCCAGAGGCUAUUCAGGGAAAACCUCUUUUAAAUUAUGUUGGACCAAAGACAGAUACCUUCGGAGGUGAAAAGAUGCCUGAGCUCUCGCAAGUAGACCUUCCCAGUAAAGGUCCAGUGUCGCUGAGUCCUCCAGACCACGCAGAAGUCGGCCAGGUUUUAUCAUCUCCUCCAGUCCAUCCAGCCGUCUUGUUAUCUCCUCCUCUACAAAAGAACAGCCAGACAUCACUGCCUUUUCAGGAUGACUCCAGUGGGAGGGAGUCAGACCAAGAAGAAAGAUCUUCUGUCUCGAGCAAACCACUGACGGCGUGGGAGGACAGUGCCCUCUUCCCCCAGAGAGGCAGAGCUCCCUUCGCAGCUGGAGCCCCGCAGAACUCCCUGCAGACGGACAGCCACCCUGCCCAAGGUGCCUUCUCUGUAGCGGCAAGACCAGGCCUGGGUGGCUUUGCAGAGAGACUGAAUUUGGGCCCACCCACGGCGUGCGCACGGGAUGAUGACCUGCAGGGGCAGAUAGCCCAGCUCACGUUCCAGAACUCCGUGAUCCGAGCUCAGCUGAACCAAUCCCGGCCAUCUCAUCCAGAGAUGGGAGACUGUUCAAAGCAACCAGGCACAGCACAGAAUGCCUCGGGCAAGGAAGGGCAGGAAACCAGCCAAGCCACGAGCAGCUUGAAAGAGCCACCCAAGAGCCUGGAGCUGCAGCUGAUCAAUCAGCAGAAACUGGCCACGUUGGUCUCUGUCUCUCCGCCCAUUUCACCGAUUCCAUUGCCCGCUGUAAACCUGGGCGAAAGUGGAAGGAGGAAAAUUGAGGUGUCUAUUCCGGUGGCAGAAACUCUGGACAGUUCCAAAGAAGAUAUUCCUUCCCCUGCCAGUGGGACCAGCGCAAGAAGGUAA